CCCCGCAGCAUUCUGCCGGAGCGGAGGGGGCUUCGUCUGCUCUUCACAUGCCGUUGCCUCAUCAUCCGUCUGAGAAAAUACCGGCUAAUGAAAGCAAGUGUCUGUUGUGGUGGGGGGAUUAACCAUCCGAUACCGAUCGGCUCUGUCUGCGUGAAAUAGGGAAUGAACGACGAGACAGCAUCGGACAGCUGGAAGAGAAACUCCGGGUGCUCCAGUAUUGAGCAAAUGCUGGCUGUGAAUCCCGGAAAGACGCCCAUCAGUCUGCUGCAGGAGUAUGGAACGCGGAUAGGCAAGACCCCAGUGUAUGACCUGCUGAAGGCCGAGGGACAGGCCCACCAGCCCAACUUCACGUUCCGCGUCUCCGUCGGAGAGAUCAGCUGCACCGGCCAAGGGCCCAGCAAGAAGGCAGCCAAGCACAAAGCAGCCGAGGCUGCUCUGAAGAUGCUCAAGGGAGGUCUUGGAGGUCCCGCCGGAGUUGGUGUUGGAGCAGACGGAUUUAUUGGGGUUGACGUGUCUACUGAUGGAGAUAGCUCCCAGUCAGAGAUGAAGACCUCAGGCAGUUCUCAGCAGUCUGAAUGUAAUCCUGUAGGAGCUCUGCAGGAAUUGGUGGUGCAGAAAGGAUGGCGAUUGCCAGAGUACACAGUCACCCAGGAGUCUGGCCCAGCACAUCGAAAAGAGUUCACCAUGACCUGCAGAGUUGAGAGAUUUGUGGAAAUCGGAAGUGGAACCUCCAAGAAGCUAGCCAAGAGAAACGCUGCAGCUAAGAUGUUAUCACGUAUACACGAUGUCCCAGUCGACCUGAGGACCAGCAAUGACGCCGACGCAGAAGAGGACACAUUCAACAUGCACAUGGGGAGCAGAGCUGAGACGGGCAAAAGUAAAGGCUUCAGCUGCACGUGGGACUCUCUGCGUAACUCGGCUGGAGAGAAGAUCCUCCAGCUCCGCAGCCACCCUCUGGGCAUGCCCACUGACUCCAACUUCUGCUCUUUGCUGAGUGACCUGUCUGUGGAGCAGCGCUUUGACGUCAGCUACCUGGAUCUAGAGGAGCGCAGUCUGAGCGGCCUGUGCCAGUGUCUAGUGGAGCUGUCCACGCAGCCAAUCACAGUGUGCCAUGGCUUUGCUCCGAGCAUAGACGCCGCUCGAGCCAAUGCGGCCCACAAUGCACUGCAGUACCUCAAAAUCAUGGCUGGAGGGAAGUGAUGUCAUCUUCCUCUUCACGGACUCGAACUCGCCACCACAUAAUGCCAGGAUGAAUUUCCUCUUUGGACGACGGAGGCACUUUUGUGAUGAGUUCAAAUAACGCAGAUUACCUCAAAUAUUGGAAAUAGAGACUUUUUUUUAAAUCCCCAAAUGAACCCUGGAGCUUUGUUUUUUUUUGUUUUUUGGUCACGUCCUUUUUGUUGCCAAUGAAGAUUUAGUUGCCCAAAAACUGUGUGCCCCUCUCAUGGACAUUUUGCAUAUUUGUCACAUUUUAUUUUAAAAAUGCAUUUCCAGUUUUUGUUUGCUCGGCAUUCCGCAGUGCUGUAUUUACCCGAGAAUCCAAAGUUUAAAAAGACUUUAUCUGAAAUCAUAAAUGGUGCUCGUGCAGUGAGUUCCCAAAUAACUGCAGACAAAUUAUGCUGCAACAAAACGUCGCAAGGGGGUUGUAGAAAUUGGACUAUGGAAUCAGCAAUUUUUGGUGCUUUGUUGAACCCCCCGUUCACAUGGACGACCAGAAGAAAAAUUUCAAGCCAUGUGCCGAAACGUGGAGAGAAAAGGACUCUGCUAAAAAGAUAUCGGAUGAUAAUUAUUGUAAAGACUGCCCUGUUUUCAGAUUAACUUGUUUGAGGAAAUGUGGCUUUUGUUGUUUAUUCAUUUCAAUCCUAAAAACACAAAUUGUUUAUCUCUUUAACGCUGUGAAUGUUGGGCUUUAAAGAUUUUAAUUUGGUCAUUUUUUCCUCGUUUAAAUACCCAGGUCAAGAUUACGAUCAGUUGAAACUCACCUUGUGAAAUUUAUUUAACAUUAUGAACUCAAAUAGGGUUUAAGUUUUGAAAAUUUAGCUUUUCCAAUCAUGUUACUGUUUGGCGUUCCCAAAGUAGAAACUGUCAGAUGAUUGAAAAUGACUGACUGAUGAAUUGUCUUUAUAAUGUGGGCAGAUUUGCCCCUUUAUUGAAGACCUGACAAGGCUCAUGUUGAUGGCUUUCGGAACAGUAAGAGAGAAAUUAACUCAUACUGUGUGUCUUUUUGAUUGUGAGAACAAGAAAAAUACUACACACUACAUGUACAUUAUAAUUAAAUUUAAAAUUGACUCAUUGGUCCCAUUUACCCCUGAAUGGGCAAAAAACGCAGUCAUCCCAGGGGGAUUAAACCCAUUUCAGUGUAAGACAAAAAUGAGUUAAUGAUUAGGAUGAAAGAGGAAAACACUACUGUGACUCUUCUGAUAAAGCAUUGUUCCUGUUCAUUUUGACUUCCAUAAUCAUAGACCAGACAAACAAUGCUACCACAGCUUGUUAUGUAGAGUUCCAAUGUUUCUUGUGCUCUUUAUUCCCAGUAUUGUUUCAUAUAUAUUUUAAACCCCUGUCACUUUUUGUUAAUGUGACUGAUUUCUGUAAUGAUAUCUGAUUAUUUUCUCUAACCUCUUGCUGUGUCUUGGUGUAAGGAUUCAUUCCCACCCACCUCAGUGUAUUUUCAUAUAUACUGUCUUGCACUUAGCUGGAGUAAGUAUUGAGAAUAGUCAACAGUUUGCACUUCUUUAAAAGAUAAUGUCCUUUGCACAUUGCAGGCUGACCAAGUUUCCGGUGUGUUUAAUGUUAUCCUCAUUCUGUGAAAAGGCAGAUCUGUAUCUUGUGUGAAUUUGAAUAAGGAACUUAAAAACCCCACUGAUGUCGAUGCUGACAUCCACACAUUUAAGACUUUUCGUUGUGUCAGUAGAAGACAUUGCCCCCGUUGUAGAGAAACAAUGUGAAAUUGACUUUGUUUCCAAUAAAACAUUUUUGUAUAUUUUUCUGCCAA